UGCCUUCCACUGUUUGUUCCAACUUUGUGCCUGGAAAAUUCUGUCUAGACUGAGUUACUGAGUGUUCAGAUCCCAGCUGCAUCUCCAGGGCUGGGCUUGUCUCAGUUUUGAUGGAAACCAGGAUCUUCUUCCCUGCUCACAGCAGCGAGUCUGGGACAUCUGGGCUCUGAAGAGCUUGGAUGGAAUUGCCAUCCUUGGACAAGCUGGAAUCUCUUGGAAUUACCCGUGCAAGGCUGAUUUGGCCCUGGGGAAGGCCUCUCCUAACACUGCAUCCCACAACCUUUGUGUUGUAGAAGGAAGAAGUGGACGAGAACGGCGACGCCAACAUGGAAGGGGCUCUGAUAGCCCGGGACAAGGUCGGGGUGCAGGAUUUUGUCCUCCUGGAUUCCCACACCAGCGAGGCUGCCUUCCUCAACAACCUUCGGAAGCGCUACCAGGAGAACCUCAUCUAUACCUACAUUGGCUCUCUGCUGGUGUCUGUGAACCCCUACCAGGAGCUGGACAUUUACACAGUGACCCAGAUGCAGCUUUAUCGGGGCGUGAACUUCUUUGAGCUGCCCCCACACCUCUAUGCCAUAGCUGACAACGCCUACAGGGUGAUGUGCAGCGAGUACAACAACCACUUCAUCCUCAUCUCUGGGGAGAGUGGGGCUGGGAAGACAGAGGCAUCCAAGAAGAUCCUGCAGUACUAUGCAGUCACCUGUCCCACCACGGAGCAGCUCCAGACUGUCCGGGACCGGCUCCUGCUCUCCAACCCUGUCCUCGAGGCUUUUGGGAAUGCAAAAACCCUGCGCAACGACAACUCCAGCAGAUUUGGGAAGUACAUGGAUAUCCAGUUUGAUUUUAAGGGAGCUCCAGUGGGAGGGCACAUCCUCAGCUACCUGAUUGAAAAAUCACGAGUUGUCCACCAAAACCACGGAGAGAGGAAUUUCCAUAUUUUCUACCAGCUGCUGGAAGGGGGAGACAAGGACCUGCUCUGCUGGCUCGGGCUGGAGCGCAACCCCCAGAAGUACACGUACCUCAUCCAGGGUCGAUGUGCCAAAGUGUUUUCUAUAAAUGACAAGAAUGACUGGAAAAUAGUCCGGAAAGCUUUUUCCAUCAUUGAUUUCACUGAAAAAGAUAUGGAGCAUCUCUUUGGAAUCGUUGCCACUGUCCUGCACCUUGGGAACAUCCAGUUUGAAGAGGACAGCAAUGGCCACGCCAUCAUCCGUGACGGCUCCCAGAUCAAGUGGAUUUCCAAGCUCCUGGGUGCUCACCUGUCCAUCCUGCAGGAAGCUCUCACCCACAGGAAGAUCGAAGCCAGAUCCGAGGAGGUGCUCAGCCCUCUGAACGUGGAUCUGGCAUUCUACGCCCGGGAUGCCGUAGCAAAGGCAAUUUACGGCAGGACUUUCACUUGGCUGGUCAACAAAAUCAAUGGCUCCCUUGCCAACAAGGACUCGACUAAGAAAACAGUGAUUGGCCUGCUGGAUAUUUAUGGCUUUGAAGUGCUGGACACAAACAGCUUUGAGCAGUUCUGCAUUAAUUACUGCAACGAGAAGCUGCAGCAGCUGCUGAUUGAGAUGACCCUGAAAGCAGAGCAGGAGGAGUAUGAGCUGGAAGGCAUCGAGUGGGAACCAAUCCCGUAUUUUAACAACAAAAUCAUCUGUGACUUGGUUGAGCAGAAGCACAAAGGAAUAAUCUCCAUCCUGGAUGAGGAAUGUUUACGGCCUGGGGAAGCGACUGAUUUGAGCUUCUUGGAAAAGCUGGAGGAGAAAGUAGGAGACCAUGCCCACUUCGUGACGCGCAAGCUGGCGGAUCAGAAAACGCGGAAAUCCAUCGACUUCGUGGAUUUCCGCCUCCUCCACUACGCGGGAGAGGUCACCUACUGUGCUGUGGGAUUUCUGGAGAAGAACAAUGAUCUGCUGUACAGAAACCUGAAGGAGGUGCUGUGCAACUCCAAGAACUACAUCAUCAGGGAUUGUUUCCUCCUGUCAGAACUGGACAACAGGAGGAGACCAGAGACUGUUGCAACCCAGUUCAAGAACAGUCUGACGAGUCUGAUCGAAAUCCUGAUGUCCAAGGAGCCCUCGUACAUCCGCUGCAUCAAACCCAAUGAGAACAAGGAGCCUGGGAAGUUUGAUGAUUUCCUGAUCCGACACCAGGUGAAGUACCUGGGGCUGAUGGAGCACCUGCGGGUGAGACGGGCCGGCUUCGCGUACCGGCGCAAGUACGAGCUCUUCCUGCAAAGGUACAAAAGUCUCUGUCCAGCUACCUGGCCACACUGGCACGGGCCAGCAGCAGAGGGUGUGGAGAGACUCAUCAAACACAUUGGUUACAAGCCUGAGGAAUACAAAUUAGGAAGAACCAAAAUAUUCAUCCGUUUCCCAAAGACCCUGUUUGCCACGGAAGAUGCCUUUGAGUACAGAAAGCACCUGCUGAUUUCAAGACUCCAGGCCAAAUAUAAAGGAUUCCUCGGGAAAAGAGAGUACCAGAAGAAGAGGAAAGCAGCAAUCAAGCUGGAGGCCUGUUGGAGAGGAGCCCUGGCACGGAGGGCGGCCAAGAAGAGGACGUGGGCAGUGCAGACCAUCAGGAAGUUCAUAAACGGCUUCAUCAAUCGGAAGAAACCCCUUUGCCCAGAGAACAGGGACUUUGUGAGGCUUUCACAGUACUACUACCUGAUGAAGCUCCGAGACCACCUCCCAAAAAACGUCUUGGACCAGAGCUGGCUGCAGCCCCCCUCGAUCCUGGAAGAGACAUCCGAGAUGCUCCGGAAAAUCUGCAUGAGGAACCUGGUGAGGAAAUACUGCCGAGGGCUCACUGCCGAGAGGAAAGUGCAGCUGCAGCAGAAGGUGGUGACCAGCGCUGUUUUCAGCGGGAAGAAGGAAGGGUACCUGGAGAGCCUCAGCCAGCCCUUCCUGGAGACGCGCCUGAAAGAGAACGACCUAAACCCCAAAGUGCUGCAGCUCAUCCGUGGGGAGAUCAUCAAGUAUGUGACCCCCGUGAUAAAAUAUGACAGGAACGGGUUCAAGGCGCGGGAGCGGCUCCUGGUGCUGACCCAGAGCUCGGCCUACGUGGUGGAGAUGGCCAAGAUCAAACAGAAAAUCGAGUAUUCCACACUGAAAGGGAUCUCCACCAGUAACCUGAGUGAUGGGAUCGUGGUCAUUCAUGUUCCUGAGGACAACAAGCAGAAGGGAGAUGUGAUACUGCAGUGUGAGCACGUCUUUGAGACAGUGACCAAGCUCUGCAUAUUGGCCAACAAGCAAAGCGUCGUUAAAGUGGUGAAGGGAAGCCUCCGGUUCCGCGUCGGCUCCGGGAAGGAGGGGACCAUGGUGUUCACUGUGGGGCCAGAGCCUCAGGUCUUCAAGGACAAAACUGGACAGCUCACAGUGGUGUCAACCCCAAGAAAGUCUUGAUGAGAACCAGUUCCUGUUCCCUUGGCUGGGAACAGAAAGGAGCCUGCAGGAUGAGACCAGCCCUCACAUCUCCCCUGGAAUCCUUGAUGCCACAGGGCUGCUGUGAUUUGAGAGUUUGUUUGCAUCUUUUAGGCUCUUUUUUUUUACAGCUCAAAACUAUUUAACUAUAGAUAAAUAAAAUCCCUGAUGUUGUUGUAACGUUCCCAGAAGGAGACGCUCGUUACAUGGUCACAGGGACAUUUAUCCCCAAAGUUCCAAGGUAAAAUCUCCAUCUCUGAGAGGUCAGGAAGGAUUAGGACAGAAGCCAAAAGGUUUCUCCAGCUGUCCUUGGGGUCACUACUGGGGAGCACUGCAAGAAGUGCAGAGCAGUGUUAACCCUGGUCUAAAAACAACAGAAUCCCAACAGCUGGGACCCCUCCCACAGGGAGGGCUGGGAGGUCAAACUGACAUUAAUUAGGAUGGAGAUCUGAUAUUUUAUCCCAAAAGUUCCUUCAGCCACACAGCCCAUGAGGACAUCAAGCUCCAAGCAAGUAAUAAAGUGACUCGCAUGUAAAUAUGAAAUAUCUUCUAAUUUAUUGUGUUAUAUUAAAAAAACAACAGUACAUAUUGCAAACAUCAACCAUACACUGAAAUCCAGCUGAAGCUUGUUCUGUGCAGAAGUCUGGACAGGUGGGAAUGAUUGUACAGAACAGGAAUUUGCUGUUGUCCAUGAAACAAUUCCAUUAAGACUGAAAGGUUCUACCUACGCUUUGCUCUAAGGUAGGAUGGGAGCUUGGAGCCUUGCCCAAGUGCUGUGGCUCAGGGCAUCCAAACCUGCCUCGGGGGAGUGCAGGAGCAGCUGCUUUGGUGCUACAGGGAGAGAGGUGGGAAGGGGGCAGCAGGGCUGGUCCCUGUCCCCUCCUCGUGCAGCCCCACCCGUGUCAGGAGCUGGGAGGGGACAAAAUCCCAUCCUCAGGGGGACUUUGCUCAGCUGCCCUGGGCUGUGCUGUCACUGCUGGUGCUGGAGAAUGGAAGCAGCCAGCUCUGCUCUCCCUGGCACUGGGAGGCAGGGAAGGAUAAUCUGAAGAGCUGCUUGUGCCCAGGACACCUGCCCUGAGCCCCAGCUGCACCUGAGAGCUCAGAGUAAAACCACUUAGAGUAACGAGGCUGAGGACUGAGAGCAUUUGUGCAAGGGCAUGAGCAGGGUGUGCCCAGAGCAAGGACAGGGGCAGCAGGUAAAGGACAGUCCCCAGGACAGCACAGCUUGGCUGCACCCCGAGGAUGAGCUCAGGAGUGACUUAAGGCAGAGUCUGCCCAAAAAUGCAGGAACAAAACUGAAAUUGAAACUUUAACUCUCCUGGAGUGACUUUGCUAAACCAACAGCUCUACAAAGCACUGUACAAAGAUUAAAAACAGCCCUCCCCUGUUUUUUAAGAACUUAGUUUGCAUAACCUGAAAGGGAAAAGCCUGAAGCCAGUUAAGGAUCUAUUUACAGAGAAGUUAAUCACAUAGCUGUGACCUGUCAGGGGCUUAGGACUGGUGUCACCUCCUGGGGCUGAAGCUGCUCUGCUCCACAGGACUGGAUUUGGUCUGGGCUCUGCAGGUCAGCACAGCCAGGGGGUGAGCUGCCCCGAGCCUGCUGGAGAGCAGCUCCCAGCUGCAGUGAGCAGGGUUUGCUGCAGGACUGGUGCUGGUCCCUGUUCACCCUCUGCUGAGACAUGGCCAAGGGCAGCAGGGCUGUUGCAGAUGCUGAAAUGCCCAGUAACAGCCCAGUAAUCACCAGUAAGUGUCAAAGUACACAGUGCUGGAGAUACAGCAAUCCAGGACUUCCCUGCCUCACUGACUUCCCUGCCUCACCCUCAGCUUAUCCCAGCCCUGAGGGGAGAGACACUGGCUCCUUCCCCCUCUGCUCCAGCCCCAGAAGAGGCUGCAAACAGAUUUAAGUACAACACAAACUGGAAGCCCUGAGGUGUCAGGACAGAGCUGAAGCUGCUGAGCCCCAGGGAGACUGUGGAGCUCUCAGCAGCUGCAGAAGAAAGAGGAGAGAAGUAUGACACCCCCACCUGCCACAGCCUGCAGCUGCCUGCAAGCUGGAGAAGUCUUUGGUUACUAGAAAGAUGACCUCAGAUUAAACUGGAAAUCUUUGAGCUUUACUUGAUGAUCCAAAACUGUACAGCCACUUCCUGGUGUGUUUCAGCCUCUACCAACGAGCUCUGUGGAACAGAAGAACGUGGCUGGUGCUGCUGCAGCACCUUUGGUUUUGACACUGUUCCCAUGUCCUUAGCGGCCCUGAGCCAGGAGCAGGGAUCCCUGGAGCAGGAACACAGAGCUGCUGCUCCAGAGGAGUGUGGCUGUUAAAGCCAGUGCUAAAUAUUCCAGAGAAAGGGUCAAAAGAAACUCUAGCCCAGGGCAAAGUGCUCCGGUGUCACCCAUGGGUGCUGCUGCAGUGCAAGUUUAACACUUCCUACCUCAGGUUUCUCUCCCUCCCAGGACUGGUGACCUGAACUGUCACAGCUGUGGCUCUGCUGCCAGCCCUAUGGAAUGACAUCCCACCUCCCACCACUGCUGUCACUUGACUCCACAACAGGCAACAGGAGACAAGGAGGUAGAUAAAAUAUUCAUUGACAAGAGAAAAGCACUCGUAGAAAACCACAGUGCAGUGGCCUUCUCCACGCUCUGCCCUUCCACACACAGCUGCCAUGGCUGGGAAGACUUGGAAUAACCUCAGGAUAAAGUCAAACAGGGAAUAUCUGCCUCUGGGUCACUGCCUGCUUCUGUUUCCCCUUGCUCAGAGCAAGGCAACGCUCCUGG